ACGAAAGAAGAACAUCGACCCGGAAGGGAUUAGUACAUGGGUCGUUAUCUUUUUAUGAAGCCAUCUGCUAAAAUGUAUAAACCAACGUCUCUAUUUGUAAUCUUCUUUUCUUUAUUUGUCAUGAGUGAAGCUGUCUUCGAAGAUCAAGUUGGCAAAUUUGAUUGGAGACAGCAGUAUGUGGGGAAGACACUCUUUGCCUACUUUGACUCGCAUUCGCAGUCAUCUAAAAUGCUGUUUCUCGCCACCGACAAGAAUAUCUUUGCCUCUUUCAACUCCAGGACUGGAGAUCUGAUUUGGAGACAUGUUGACAAGGUGGGACCAGAGGGAACCAUAGAUAUACUUCUGCUGCAUGGACAAGAUGCUCUGAUGGUGGUUGGAGAUGGUCGUUUGCUCCGUUCCUGGGACACAAACAUGGGCGGGCUGAACUGGGAGGCUGUGCUGGAUACUGGCAGCUUCCAGGCUGCUUGUUUUGUGGCCAUACAGGACACAGUAAAGCAUGUGGCGGUGCUUAAGAAAGCUGUAAUCUCUCUCCACUACCUUUCCAAUGGACACCAGAAAUGGGUGGAAAACCUGCCUGACGGUGAUGCAGUCCAGUACCAGGCGGUGUACUCUGGGGGAGAAGAAGAGGUCUACGUGUUGGGGGUGGUUCCUAACUCUCACCUCACUAUCAUAGCCUACAGCCUAGAGGAUGGAGAGAUCAUCAAGCAGAGGUCAGUUGAAGCUCCAUGGCUGUCCAGUGUAGAGUCCAGCUGUGUGGUGGUUGGUCAAGGGAUGCUGAUGUGUGUGGACCCCGCCACUCUCGCCCUCUACACCCUCCCGAUACAGGCUGAGGAGACGCCACAGUUCAACCAGAUCCUACUACAGUCUCUGGAUCUGGAGGUGUCGCCAGGCUUCCAGCCCGUCCUGGUGUCCAGCCAGCCCCACCCGGCCCGCUCCCCCCUCUCAGAGUUCUUUCUCCAGCUCGGACCAGACCACCACGUCCUGCUACAGCUCAAUGCUGAUGGAUACACCGUCGCCCCACUCAGAGACUUCCAGCCGGCGUUCUUGGUCUCAUUUGCCACCACGGGGGAGAAGACUGUUGCUGCCGUCAUGACUCCCAAAAACGAAACCGCUUGUGCUAUCAAUCUGUUCAGCGCUGAUUCUGGUCGUAGGCUGUUGGAUACAACUGUCAUCUUCCCCUUGGAUCUUAAUGGUGGGAAACCACACAAGCUGUAUGUCCAUGCCUUCCUGAAGAAGGAUGACUCUGUGGGCUACAGGGUCCUAGUGCAGACACAGGACCAUGCUCUCACCUUUAUACAGCAGCCAGGACGUGUGGUAUGGACCAGAGAGGAGGCCCUAGCUGAUGUUGUAACCAUGGAGAUGGUUGACCUGCCACUCACUGGGACCCAGGCGGAGCUGGAGGGGGAGUUUGGCAAGAAAGCUGACGGGUUGUUCCCCAUGGUCCUGAAGCGUCUGUCAUCCCAGGUGACUCUGCUGCAGGCGUGGCUGGCACACCUGUGGAAGCUGUUCUACGAAGCCCGUAAACCCCGCAGCCAGGUUAAGAACGAGGUCACCAUAGAAACGUUGUCCAGGGAUGAGUUCAACCUGCAGAAGAUGAUGGUUAUGGUCACGGCCUCGGGGAAGCUCUUUGGCAUCGACAGCAAGUCGGGCUCUAUUCUGUGGAAGCACUACCUGGAGAAUGUCCAGCCCAACGCAGUUUUCAAACUGAUAGUCCAGAGGACCACCGCUCACUUCCCCCAUCCCCCACAAUGCACUCUGCUCAUCAAGGAUAAGGACACUGGCCUGGCCUCCCUGCAUGUGUUCAACCCCAUCUUUGGCAGGAAGAGUCACAUCGCCCUGCCGGUCCUGCCCCGCCCCAUCCUCCAGUCACUACUACUACCGGUUAUAGACCAGGAUUACGCCAAGGUCCUGCUGCUGGUCGAUGACCAAUACAAGGUGACAGCCUUCCCCUCCACUAAGAACGUCCUGCAGCAGCUCCAAGAGAUGUCCUCCUCGAUCUUCUUCUACCUGAUCCGCUCAGAUCAGGGAAACCUGUCUGGAUUCAGGCUGCGCAAGGACCUGUCCACAGAGCGGAUCUGGGAGGUGGUCCUACCUACAGAGGUCCAGAAGAUAGUAGCGGUCAAUGGGAAGAGACCCAACGAGCAUGUCCACUCUCAGGGCAGAGUGAUGGGAGACCGUAGUGUUCUCUACAAGUACCUGAACCCUAACCUGCUGGCAGUGGUGACGGAGAGUACAGACGCCCACCCUGAGCGGGCCUUCGUGGGCAUGUUCUUGAUCGAUGGGGUGACCGGACGCAUCAUCCAUGAAGCUGUCCAGAGGAAGGCCAGGGGGCCCGUCCACUUUGUCCAUUCUGAGAACUGGGUGGUGUAUGAGUACUGGAACACCAAGUCCAGGCGUAAUGAGUUCAGUGUGCUGGAGCUGUUUGAAGGGACAGAGCUGUAUAACAGCACAGUGUUCAGUAGUCUGGACAGACCCCACCUGCCCCAGGUCCUACAGCAGACCUACAUCUUCCCCUCUCCCAUCACCACCAUGGAGGCUACGCUCACUGAGAAGGGCAUCACCUCCAGACAUCUCCUGGUGGGGCUACCAUCAGGAGCCAUCUUGUCUCUCCCCAAGAUGUUCCUGGAUCCACGGAGACCAGAGGUUGUCACUGAACACAGCCGUGAGGAGAACCUUAUACCCUAUGCCCCAGAGAUGCCCAUCCGCACAGAGUGGUUCAUCAACUACAAUCAGACCGUAGCAAGAGUGAAAGGAAUCUACACUGCCCCCUCUGGCCUGGAGUCCACAUGUUUGGUGGUUGCGUACGGUCUUGACAUCUAUCAAACCAGAGUGUACCCCUCCAAGCAGUUCGACGUGCUAAAAGAUGACUACGAUUACGUCCUGAUCAGCAGUGUUCUGUUCGCGCUCUUCUUCGCCACCAUGAUUAGUAAACGUCUGGCACAGGUCAAACUGCUCAACCGGGCCUGGCGGUAAAAGAGUCAACUUAAACCUUUUUCAAUUCUGACCUCCCCAUUGCUGCGUGGAUGAACCCGGACGAUGGAGGUGGACGAACCGAAGCCCGUUUGACAAUAUCGGCUUAAAAUCACCCCAAUGUGUCAAUUGAUGGGGGGGGGGGUUUGUCGUCUUUCUUUUUCAAGGAAGAAGUUCAUUUCGAUUUUCCUGUCUUUUUUUUUGUGUGUGUGUGUAUAAUUUAUUUUGUAACACUUUACAUUGAGGCAGCCUUUUAAGGGUAGUUAUGUCAUUGCUAAUAACAAGUACUUAACUAAACGACUGAUACAUCCUUUACAAUCUUCCUUAAUAAAGGAUAGCGGAAUGUAAAGUGCUUUUCAUGAUCACACUAUAUGAAAUUAUAUUGUUCUUUCACCACAAACGAAGAGCAGUCCGUGGUCACUUGGUGCAUCUCAGAGCAAGUGUUCUUUAUACUGAAGCUCUGAAACAUUGUUUAGCUGUGAAUGAUUAGUAAAUAGUCUAAAGAUUAAGCCUAAUUUUAAGAUGACUAAAUGUGGUAGAAAUGAGUCAAGAGAUUUUGCUGAUUUACUGUUGUUUUAAUUGGGUUUUAAAUGGUUUCCAUAGAUCUUUUUUUACAUUUUUUAUGUUGGUCAAGAUGGUUUUGUUAUUCAUUUUUGUUAGAAGGAACUGUGGCGUGUACUGAAGUGUUUGUCUUUGGGAUCGACUGCCUCUGAGGCUAGCACUGUUGGUCUUUCUUUGAUGCACUGGAAGUUUUGUGUUCACAUGAUUUAUCUUUAACUAAUAUCCCCCCCCCAAUGGGUUUUGUGUAAAUUAUAGUUUAUGUACAGUAUAUUUAUGUCUUAAAAGCUUUUGAUUAUUAUGCCACUCCAGGGUAAUCAUUUUUCCUAUUGGGGUGACUGAACAACUCUGCUUGUGCAACACAUUUUCACCAAAACGCCAAUACCCUAAAUAAAAUGAUUAUUACUAUUUA